GCGGGGCGGAGCCGUGCGGGGCGGAGCCGCGGAACCCUGCCUGUGGGGUUGCUUCUCUGGCUGCUGCCUACAGGGCAAGCCAUCCCUAAACGCACAGCUGGUAUUUCUGGCAUUUGCACCACUGACAGAGCGAAGUCGAUUCUGACUGCGAGGGUCCACAUCGCGAGCAGAGAUGCCCACGCCCACUGUCGGGAGGUCGAGUUGCCCUAGGAAAGCAAGGCACGAAGCUGAGACUUCUCUUCACCAAACCCAGCCAGAGCCCAAGCCUGGAGACCUGAUUGAGAUUUUCCGCCCUUUCUACAGACACUGGGCCGUCUACGUUGGCAAUGGAUAUGUGGUCCACCUGGCCCCCCCAAGUGAAGUCGCAGGAGCUGGUAUGGGCAGCAUCAUGUCCACCCUGACUGACAAGGCAGUCGUGAGGAAGGAGCUGCUGUGUGAUGUGGCUGGGAGUGACAAGUACCAGGUCAACAACAAACAUGACAACAAGUACUCACCACUGCCUCCAAGCAAAAUUGUGCAGCGGGCAGAGGAGCUGGUGGGGCAGGAGGUGUUAUACAAGCUGACCAGCGAGAACUGUGAGCACUUUGUGAACGAGUUGCGCUAUGGAGUUGCCCGCAGUGACCAGGUCAGAGAUGUUGUCAUGGCGGCAGGCAUUGCAGGAGUGGGCUUGGCAGCCAUGGGCCUCAUUGGAGUCAUGUUCUCAAGAAACAAGAAGCAAAAGCAAUAAGCUGAAAGGACUGUUCUGUCAGGAGUGACUAUACCUUAAGAAGUGGUCUUGUUUGGCUAGAGUUUGGGGUUUGGCUUAUGGAUUUCAUUCAUUCUUGUUUUAUAAUUAGGUUUAUUUUUACGGAAUAAAAUAAAGCACAAGAAGAGAGGAUUUUCUUGGGGAAAUGCAGCACA